AUGGAGGAGACUAGUGUUCCCAUGGAUAUCACCGAUCCAAUCGUCACCACUAACGGCGACUCACUCCACGAGCCGGCCACCGUCGUCCCUGACCCCCCUGUAUAUUCUUCUCCGGCACCGUCUCUGACACCGGCACCGGCACCAGCACUGGAACCGGCACCGGCUGAUGAUAAAUUUCUCGUUUCAGUUGAAGUUUGCUUGAAGCCUUCUAGCACGGCUCGAAUCGAGGACGUGAAAUUAGCCGUCGAAAGAAUGUUGGAAAAGAGGAACUUAAGCUAUGUUGAUGGUCCAAUUGAUAUGCCUACUGAUGACACCUUUCUCGUAGAAAAUGUGCAGAGAAUAUGUAUCUGUGACACAGAGGAAUGGGUGGCAAACCAUGAUAUUUUGUUAUUUUGGCAAGUCAAACCUCUUGUGCAUGUUUAUCAGCUUAGCGAAGAGGGACCGUGUGAAGAUCUGGACGGGGAUAGCCAACUUUCUAGCUUUAGUGAAUGGAUUCUUCCUGCAAAGGAAUUUGAUGGCAUGUGGGAAAGCCUAAUCUAUGAAUCUGGUCUCAAGCAACGCUUACUGAGAUAUGCCGCAAGUGCUUUGCUAUUUACUGAAAAGGGCGUUGACCCUUUACUUGUAGCAUGGAACCGAAUUGUUCUUCUACAUGGUCCUCCUGGAACGGGCAAGACGUCUUUAUGCAAAGCACUGGCACAGAAACUGUCAAUACGUUUUAGCUCUAGAUAUCCACAUUCUCAGCUGGUCGAAGUUAAUGCACAUUCGUUGUUCAGUAAAUGGUUUUCUGAAAGUGGCAAAUUGGUUGCCAAACUUUUCCAGAAAAUUCAGGAAAUGGUGGAGGAGGAGAACAACCUGGUAUUUGUUUUGAUCGAUGAAGUUGAAAGCUUAGCCGCAGCAAGAAAAGCUGCUUUAUCUGGCUCAGAACCUUCAGAUUCUAUAAGGGUGGUAAAUGCUCUACUUACCCAGAUGGACAAAUUGAAGUCGGCACCAAAUGUUAUUGUUCUGACCACAUCCAACAUAACAACUGCUAUUGAUAUUGCAUUUGUUGAUCGAGCUGAUAUAAAAGCAUAUGUCGGUCCUCCUACUCUACAAGCACGUUAUGAAAUACUAAGAUCCUGCUUGCAGGAGCUUUUACGAACUGGAAUCUUGUCCAGUUCUCAGGAUGACAAUCACUUGAUUCUUCCGAAUUUUGCUUCUUUGAAAGACAAUUUGGCUUCAGCUACUGCAGAAGAUUCUCAAUUUCACUUGAACUUGUACAAGCAUUUGCUUGAUGCUGCCGAAGCAUGUGAGGGAUUGAGCGGAAGGUCUUUAAGGAAAGUCCCAUUCUUGGCUCAUGCCGCACUUGCCCAUGUUCAGUGUCGCGACCCCACUAAGUUCUUGCUUACAAUGAUCAAAACGAUCAAUCGGGAACGAUCUGAGAUACCUGACUAGGUGCUAUCGGUUACUCUAGACCUCAAUCCAGCCAUCCAGGUGAGUGGAUACUCAUACAAGCAAUUUCUUGUGUGGAAAGUGAGCAAUUAGCCUCCUUGUUUACAACCAGCUUGUUACAUCAGUGGCUCUACACCCCUAAUAAAAACUUAAUGAUCCACCACUGUCAAUGGGGAAUUUGUGAAUAUAGAAAAUGCCUGUAUUAGACACAGCUUUAACUAUAGUAU